AUGCCUGACUCAGUACCAACGAAAAUCGCUGACUUGGAGUCGCGCAUCCAGAAACAGCAUCGCAUUAUCGAGGGCUUUCAGAAUCUGCGCAGUGCUACACCUAAUCAGGAUGUGAUAAAGCAAGCAGACUCGAAUAUACGUGAUGCCCAGCGCACAAUUCACUAUUUACAAGACAGUCUAAUGUCGCUUCAAAGGCGCGCUUCCAUCGAUGCGAUCAAUACCGAGCGAAAGCCGUCAUUGUCCGGGACCAUACCAGCGACGCCUACAACAUCGGCACACUUAGACUCAUUAAACGAUCCCACCAUGUCGCCAUCUCAGGUUGUUGACGAAUACGCUCAGACGACUUUCGACGCGCCUUCAUUCGCACCAUUUCCGAUCGACAGCAGCGCGGCGUAUCGGUCGGGUUCGUACAGCAUGGAUCAUGGUAUUUCUCCAUUGAAUGACAUGAAUCUCCUUUCUCGUGAGCCCACCGUUGCGCGACGCAACUACUCGCCUCUCGAUCUCAUGCGAUACGACACACCACUUACAAGUGCUAAAGUCCAACGCAUGCUGAAUCAGCUGGAAUACAAACUACAGCUUGAGCGCCAGUUUAAGCAGGGAUAUGAUAAGAUUGCUCGAUUAUACGAAGCUGAAGGCGAUCGCCGCAGUCAGGAUGACGCAGCGAGCAGGCGUUCUGAGUCAGCAGGUAAGCUCGUACUGAUCCAGCAGGCCCUCAAUCGAUACCAACAGCUGGACAUGCGCGAUGCCGAAGAGGUGCAGCAGGAAAAUCCUUACGCAGCACGCCGUGCUCGCAAGCCUCAAUCAGGUACAUUGUCGAUUUCUAUCAAAAGAGCGAAGGAGAUUGAUCAUGCUGCCAUUUCUAACAGUACUCGCUUGAUGCGUGAAUCGUAUGUCGCUAUCAAAGUGGAAGAAACAGAACGUGUACAGACCCCUUCAUCGCGCACCGAUACCUGGAACGUAAAAUACGAACUUCCGCUGGAAAACACCAACGAAGUGGAACUUGUCAUCUUCGACCAAGUCGGCUCGUCCGUGCCUGUGCCUGUCGGCUUGCUAUGGUUGAGAAUCAGUGACAUUAUCGAACAGUUGCGCCGAAUCAAGACAGGUCAGGUUCUUCCUGACAAUGCGCAGUCGUCGCCCGCUGCAGGCGGUGGCGAGUGGGUCACAGCGGAGCGAAUGGCGUCACUUCAUUCCUCGAAUACCAUGAAUCAGACCGUUAUGCAGCAAGCCAAAGAAACGGGCAUGGAGGGUUGGUUCACAGUGGAACCAACUGGUGCCAUUUAUUUGCGUUUAGACUUUACGAAACAAAAUGUGACAAAGCGCCCGUACGAUACAGGCUUAGGUCGUCAUGGUGCUAUGCGCAAGCGCCCAGAAGAAGUGUCUGUCGUGAACGGACAUAAAUUUAUUCCAAGACAAUUCUACCAGGUCAUCCGCUGUGCUUUGUGCGGUGAACUCUUGUUGAACGCUGCUGGAAGUCAGUGUCAGGACUGCAAUUACACUUGUCACAAAAAGUGCGCUCAAAAGGUCGUGACCAAAUGCAUCAGCAAGACCAGCGAUUUGUCGGCUCGUGAUGAGGUGGAGCUCAAACACCGCAUUCCGCACCGAUUUGAGCCGUUCACUAACUUGGGCACGAACUGGUGCUGUCACUGCGGUUCAAUGCUUCCGCUGGGCCGUCGUGUGGGUCGCAAAUGCAGCGAAUGCGACAUCACAUGUCACGCUGAUUGCAUGCAUCUCGUUCCAGACUUUUGUGGUAUGUCGAUGGAAAUGGCGAACCAGAUGCUCAGUAAUAUCGCCACGAUCAAGAAAAAUCGCUUUAGCUCGUCUUUGCCCGAUUCUGCUGCACCUAAGCGCUCGAGUGUGCUGAGCACCGAUACUCUACGGCCAUCAGCUCAGCAAGCGAGCAUGGGACAGCUAACACCAGGCAUGCAGCAGCUUAUGGUGACGCCGUCUUCAUCUCGACCUUCUGUUUCGAUGCAGGGCAGUACUCAGCACAGCCCUGCGCGUAGUCCUCUACCAAGCCCUCAGCAGAGUCCUAAACCCUCGCCUGUUCACCCUAUACGCCAGAACCUCGCUUCGAUGCGGCAGCCGUCGAUUGACUUGAACGGUGUGGCACUUACGAGCCCGCCUUCAUCGUUACAGCCAAUGUCGCAACCAUUCAAGGAUUCUGCAAGAAUUCCGCCAAAGAGUGUAAAUCGAGUACCUGUACCAACUCCGUCUCCAAGCCAUGCUUCGCCACUUCCGCCACGUCCAUCUCUUCCGCAAGUUGCUGUGGUACCGCCGCAACUUCCUUCUGGACCUGAGCAGGCAUCUUCUCUCGAGUUCCCUCCAUCUUCGAUGCGUAAUGUCACACUCGAUGACUUUAACUUCCUAGCUGUGCUGGGCAAAGGCAACUUUGGCAAAGUGAUGCUGGCUGAAGAAAAACAAACAGGUGUUUUAUACGCGAUCAAGGUGCUGAAGAAAGAGUUUAUUAUUGAAAAUGACGAAAUUGACAGUACACGAUCCGAGAAACGGGUGUUUUUGACAGUGGCGCGUGAACGGCAUCCUUUCCUUCUCAAUUUGCACUCUUGCUUCCAGACGGAGACUCGCGUAUAUUUCGUGAUGGAGUAUGUUGGCGGUGGUGACUUGAUGUUGCACAUCCAACGUCAACAGUUUAAUUUGCAUCGUGCCAAGUUUUAUGCCGCAGAGGUGUUGCUUGCCCUCGAAUACUUCCACAAACACGGCAUUAUUUAUCGUGACCUCAAGCUUGAUAAUAUCAUGCUCACGCUUGAUGGGCAUGUCAAGAUUGCUGACUAUGGUCUAUGCAAAGAAAAUAUGUGGUACGGUAAUACGACGUCGACGUUUUGUGGUACACCUGAGUUUAUGGCACCAGAAAUCUUGUUAGAGCAGCGUUAUGGACGCGCUGUGGACUGGUGGGCGUUUGGCAUUUUGCUAUACGAAAUGCUUCUUGGGCAGGCUCCAUUCCGUGGUGACGACGAGGACGAAAUCUUUGACGCCAUCUUGGAAGAUGAUCCGCUGUACCCUAUCCAAAUGCCGCGUGACUCUGUGUCUCUUCUCCAACGUCUUCUCACGCGUGACCCAUCACGCCGACUUGGUGCUGGUCCCAACGAUGCUGACGACGUGAAGGCACAUCCCUUCUUCCGAGAUGUCAAUUGGGACGACUUGAUCAACAAACGGGUCCCUCCGCCUUUCUGCCCGACGCUUCGUCAUGCAAGUGACACGGAAUGGUUUGAUACAGAGUUUACUAGAGAGAAACCAACCCUCACGCCGGUGCACAGUAUCUUCUCACCAGAGGAUCAAGCCGAAUUCCGUGACUUUAGCUGGACAUCUCCACACUUUGUAUAA